UUGCUGUACCCAGACGGGAUAGAAGUAAAUAACCUUAGAGAAUCCGACCAAGCAUUCAGCUUACAAGAAUAUAAAGCUGAACUGGGUAAACCGUACAACAGGAUAACAUUUUAUCUUUGUUCUUCAUCAGAUUACUAUGAUCAUAGUUUCAAAGGUUUUGCUGACACAAUUUCUGAUGAUGGAGACGACAAGAAUGAUAGUGACAAGGAUUCUGAAGACCUAAGUGAACCAACACAAACAAAAAUAACCAAGUACACUGACACUGGCUUUGCUAAGACAACCACCACUGUUAAAGCAUCAGAUGCAAACUCUGUUUCUGUUAAACCUGGUUCUUAUAUUGCAACUAGCCUAUCUGAUCCUUUCACAACAAGUGAUAUACCCACCUCUCUUCUUGGUAGUUCAUCUUCUGGUUCAUGUACUACUACAGCAUGUAACAGUUCUGGAUUUGAAACACUCAAAGAAAUCUUUCCACAGCUCCCUGAAAAGAAGAUAUUUGAUGUUUUCAGCAGCAGCCAAGACAUUGAAACAGCUAUUGCCACACUCUGCGAGAAUGCAAAUGGAGGAUUGCAUGACUCGCUUCGACCAUAUGCUUCUGUCAUUGACGUGGAGUUUAGUAAUGACCUCUAUGAUUCUGAAAAUGACAUUAUCUUUGGUGGGAGGGAGUCGGAAUUUUCUAAAACUGGUGAAAGUGGAGAGCAUGAAAUUGAGGACCAGCAGAGUUUAUGUGAGAAAUUGAAAGAGCUAUUCCAGAAAUGUAGCAACUCAGGAAAAAAGAUAAGGCUAAAAGUAAGAAGAAGUUGCCUGUGGGAGGAUACUCUGGCAAAAAUCAAAAGGAUAAACCAUGAUUGCUUGAAUGGUAUUGUAACAGUCCAAUUUAUUGGAGAACCUGCAGUAGACGAGGGAGGACCUCGCAAAGAGUUUUUUUUCCUGGUUCACAAACACAUGCAACAGUCAUCAAGUCUGUUGACAGGACCUCCUAGUAACCGUAGGUUUGUUCACAAUGUAAUGGCUCUUCAGAGGGAGGAAUAUCUUCAUUAUGGCAUUAUUUCAGCUCUUUCAGUGCUUCAAGGUUCACCUGGUCCUGUAAUGUUUGCUGCUCCUGUUGUAGACUACAUCGUGUAUGGCAAACUAGAUUCAGUCUCAGUGUCAGUAAGUGACCUGCCCAGUGGAAAAGUGAAGACAACAUUAGAGGAGCUUGAAGCAAUCGGUGAUCGUGAGAGAUUUAAGCAAGAAGCAUCCUUUAACACACCACUAAGAUUCAAAGCAGGAUACACAAAGCCUAUUGUAACUUUGGAAGACAAAGAUGAAUUUAUCAGGUGCAUCUGCUUACACCAUCUCAUUUUAUGUACACAGACUGAAAUUGACCAGUUUGUCAAAGGGUUGGCAACAAAUGGAGUCUUGGAUGUGAUCAGAAACAGUCCUAACCAAUCCCGCAAGCUCUUACAAUAUUAUGAACAUGAGAAGCUGACUGCUGAGGUUGUUGAUAAUCAGGUUCAGUGUGUCUUUAGCGUGGAAGGAAGUAACAAACGUGCUAAGGAGGAAGCUAUAGCCUUAAACUUUACACAUUACCUUGAGGAUGUUGAAGAAGGUUUGAUUACCACCACAGUCCUAGAUCCUGAGACAGAUGAAAUUCACACCAGUAAAGUCGAACUUGCACAUGUUCUUCAGUUUGUUACUGGAUGCCCUGCCUUACCUGCCACUGGAUUUGACACAAAUCUAACUAUUGUUUUUGACCAUGAAGAGAUCCAGAGGAAACUUUCAGCAAACACCUGUUCCUGUACCCUUAACAUUCCAGUU